ACGCACGACUCAGCGUGCUCGUUCACGCAUGCGCAGCUGAGCGCGCCAGCCAUUGAAAGACUUGCCUGGACUUGUAUGCAGAAAGUGAAAUAACACAGCAUAACUGUAAGAGGUACAAAUGGCAGAGUGGAACGCCUACUACCGGAAUGAGGAUGAUGAGGAAGAGCAAGAAGAGGGAGAACUAUCCGGAGGAGAUUACAAGAUCACAGGGAGGGACAGUUUGGUCUUCCUGGUUGAUGCCUCGAAGGAAAUGUUCAUCAAAGGAGAAGAUGGACAACCCUCUAACUUUGACAUGACCAUGCAGGUUGUACGCACUGUGUACACCAGUAAGAUUAUCAGUAGUCACAGAGACCUGGUGGCUCUGGUUUUCUACGGCACAGAGCAGAGCAAAAAUCCAACAAACUCAUUCAAGCAUGUCUACGUGUACCACGACCUUGAUGAGCCUGGUGCAAAACGAGUGCAGGAAGUUGACGCCCUGCGAGGGGAGAAAGGAGCCCAACUAGCAGCGGAAACGAUGGGUAGUGGGGAGACAUCAUUGGGGGACGCCCUGUGGUGCUGCGCCAACCUGUACAGUGACGUCAAGCUUCGCCUCUCACACAAGCGACUCAUGCUCUUCACCUGCAGAGACGAACCACACAGGGGGGACAGCGCCAAGGACCGUCAGGCUCGCACCAAAGCCAGUGACCUCAAAGAGACUGGUGUCAUCAUUGAUUUAAUGCAUCUAAUGAAACCAGGUGGCUUCAAUGUGGGGCCCUUCUUUCGUGACAUUAUAAGUCCUCCAGAGGAUGAGAGUGAGUUGGGACUGCAAAUGAAGCCCUGUGACAAACUGGAGGAUCUCCAGAAGAGGGUGCGGGCCAAGGAGCUGAAGAAGAGAGCCAUGGCCAGAUUAAACCUUUGUCUUGGUGAGGGCAUAAAUGUAGCAGUGGGAAUCUAUGCAACUGCAGUGACAGCGCGGAAACCAGCUCCCAUCAGACUCUACAGAGAAACCAACGAGCCAGUACGCAGCAAAACCCGCAUCUUCCACACCCAGACCGGCAGCCUGCUGCUGCCCAGUGAGAUAAAGAAAGCCAUGACUUAUGGUAAAAAGCAGAUUGUGAUGGAGAAGGACGAGGUGGACGCCAUCAGGAAGUUCGAGGACCCCGGACUGUUUCUGAUUGGUUUCAAACCCAUGGAGGCGCUCGAACGUCACCACCAUAUCCGACCUGCUGUCUUCCUCUAUCCUGAGGAGGGCGAGGUGAAAGGUAGCGCUUGCCUCUUCUCUGCCUUGAUGACAAAAUGUAGCGAGAAGAAUGUGUUCGCUUUGUGUCGCUGCAUCGCUCGACGAAACUUAUCCCCUCGAUUUGUCGCCCUGGUGCCUCAAAAAGAACAGGUCGACGAGGGGAAAGUACAGAUUACACCUCCAGGUUUCAAUGUCAUCUACCUGCCAUAUGCUGAUGACAUGCGGACUCUGGAUACUCCCCAGUGCCCAUCAGCCUCACAAACACAAGUGGACAAGAUGAAGGAGAUUGUCGCCAAGCUGCGCUUCAAAUACAGGAGUGAUGCUUUUGAGAACCCCGUCAUCCAGCAGCAUUACAGGAACCUGGAGGCCUUGGCUUUAGAUAUGAUGGCUCCAGAGGACACAGAGGACCUCAUCAUGCCAAAGGUAGACCAGAUUGAUCGCCGUCUUGGACCUUUGGUUGAAGAGUUUAAAGAUCUGGUCUACCCUGACGGAUACAACCCUGAAAGCAAACCAGCUGCCAAACGCAAAACAGCUGACGCCGGAGGUGCGGCUGAGAAGAAACCCAAAGUAGAGUUGGGAGAAGAUGCACUGAAGGCCCAUUUACAGAACGGCACCCUGGGAAAGCUGACCGUACCGGUGUUGAAAGAGGCUUGUAAACAGUUUGGGGUUCAAACCACCGGGACCAGGAAACAGGAGCUGAUAGAUGCACUUACCGCCCAGCUGGGGUCAUGAGGGGUUAGAAAUAACCUCAAUCUGCCUUUAUGAGCAGGCAAACAUUUAAAGAUCAGAUUUUCUGAUGUCACACUUGAUUCCAGGUAUACAAAUAUGUCUUCACAGCUGUGGAUUUUGAGACAGACGGGGAAAAUGUUCAAACAAAUAAGUUCUUAUUAGGAUCAAACAUGGUUUUUUUACCUCUGUUUUGCAAGGCUGCAUGGUUAAGUGUAGCUAAGUGCUAAACAUAAAUCAUGUUUGAAUGUCAAAUUAAAAAAGUUGAUUUUUCUGUUUUGUUUUGUGUUCAGGUGCCUUCAAACUGCUUGAGUUGGAUGUAAACAUAAAAAAGUUUUGUACUUUUCUUUACAUAAAAAUACUGUAACAAGUGUUGCUCCAUGUUGCAUUAAUAAAACACUUUAUUUUUAUUGC